AUGUCUCUCAAGGCUUCUUUCAAUAGCUUCAACAGCGAGUUCUCGGCCGCUACUACUCGCAACACUCAACAGAAGCGACCUACCUCUGCCGUUCCUACCCCCGUACAGCGCCCCUCCACUCCCUCGACCCAGCCUACAGAUCUCAAGCGCAAACGUCAAGAUCUCCCACAAAAUGCCGCCUAUUCUCAGCCCGCCGACACGGGCUCAGGCAGAGAGGUCAUGACCCAGGUCGUCUACGCCAUCGACUAUCUCAAAUCCAAGGAUCGUCCCAUCAGCUUCACCGACAUCUGGAACUAUCUGUCCAUUCCUGCCAACCAGCAGCAGCACCGUCAAGUUCUACGUAGGGCGCUUAUGGAGCACCCCAAAGUCGACUAUGACCCCAAAGGCCUGGAUGGACAGCACCCCUCUUUCCGCUUCCGUCCUGUUCACAACGUUCGCUCUGCCGAUGAUCUAAAAGCGUACCUGCAGCGCCAGCAUACCGCUCAAGGCAUCAGUGUCAAGGAACUCAAAGAAGGCUGGCCCGAUGCUGUUAUUGAGAUUGAGCGCCUUGAAUCAAAGGGCGAACUCUUGGUCGUGAGGCAAAAGAAGGACAAUGUUCCAAAGAUGGUCUGGCCGAACGACCCUUCUCUUGAUCAACGCAUCGACCAGGAUUUCAAGGACUACUGGUUGAAGACUACCUUGCCUGCCAACCCCGGUGAUUUGAGAAUCGAGCUUGAGAAAGCUGGUAUCACUCCUACCAGUCAGGUCAAGGAAGUCAUCAAGGUUUCUGGCGGAAAAGACAAGAAGAAGCGCACCUCGAAAAAGGUGGGCAGAUACACCAACACUCACAUGGUCGGCAUUCUCAAGGACUACAAUGCGACAAAAAAGUAG